CACCUGAGACUUGACCAAUUGACUUCUUGAAAUCUUGUCAAACUUCCUCUAGCCUUCUUGCUCUUUCCUGGUAUUGUAUGCAAACUCUCUUUAUUACAAUCGUUGAGACUUCUCCUCGAUUUCUCUAACAUCUAUUGGAACUUCCAAUAAACGUUCUAAUUCCUUGUCUAUUCUCGGCUGGUUGAAUGACUUACUCCUACAGCUGUUUCCGAGACUCCAGCUCUUAGCCCUCUAGUCCCAACUUAUUACAGAGGUUCCUCCUUCUGUCAACCCUCAUGUACCCUAGGUGGCUAGGUGUUCCCUCCAUUUAGGAUAGGACAAUCCCAUAACAGAUCAUCACGAACUCUUGCAUUCCCCUUUCAACGGUCCCAACGACCUCCAGACCUUUCAUGAUCUGGGUAGUUUGUAGAGUCUCUCAUAUACCAAUCCAUCCUAUUUCUAGCUUGGCAUUGUUAACUAGCACAUUGUUAUUCUUGAUCCAAGCUCGUCCUCUACCUCGAUCAUCUUGACUCUUGUCUUGUUCCUUAUAAAGGCUUGCUACCGGCCUAAUUGCCCAGGUCAUGUACCCUCUUCACGAGUGACGUAGUUUAUCUACAAGUGUUCCUUUAUUGUCAUUAUGUAAGUGACCAUGACUCCUCUCCCCCUUGUCCUUUUAACUUCUUGACGUCCUUUCAUACCCCAUGUAGCCUACUUAUUUCCUCCUUUGCUUCCUUUAUACUACCCUAGCAUUUCUUAAAGUCUAAACAUUCCUCUCCUCCUUGUCAUUGUGUUGUAAUGGUGUUGAGCCAUCGACCACAAAAACUAGCUGAGGGACUUCUCGGGGUACCUCUUCGUUUCUUGACCCGUUGCCCACUUUCCACUGCUUAGGACCAAAGACCCUAACAUCAUCCUAUUAUCAUAGCUACUGGCAUCUGGUGAUUGUUCCUCUUCCUUUGGAGAUUCAUAUUUCUCCCCUUUGUUUGUCUUAGCUUAUUAGAUCAUCCACUUGUUUCCUAGUAGUAAAAUCCUCGUACUACUCUCUCAACUCCUUCAAAAUCCUUGAGGUAUUCCCUUUCAAUUGGCACCUCUUUGCUGGUGUUUGGAGUUGAAGUCCUCGCACAUUUGAUUCUACCUCCACAGACCUUUGCAACGUUCCUCCUUCCUUCUCUAGGUUGAUGAUGAUGAUCUGUUUGCUAACGUCCAAGUAGUUGGUUAACUAGUUGAAAAACUACUAUCCAUCAUGUCGAUGAGAUACUUGGUCUUGAGAGCCUUUGAGAUUCUACUUGGGUUGGUCACGUUUCUUUCAUCCUUUCUUUCUUACUGGCGAUCACCAUAUGCCUAAAUCUCUCAUUUGACAAACCACGACAUGUUAACUAAAUCGCGUCCUAGCCUAUUCUUAAACAAUCGCAACCCGGGCUACCAUCCCUUUGUGUCGUGUUGUCAUAGUUAUUCACCUUAAUAUGAUUAGAGUAGACUGGAGAUUCUAUAGACUUCUAAAAGGAGACCCUUGACUCAUUUUUCUUUUCUUUAAAACAAAACCUUUAAAAAUUGAGACCGACAUUCCAGUAUUCCUUGGAAACCAAGGAACAAAGGAAGACCGACUCUGAUACCAAAAUGUACUUGUCACGGACAUAGACUUCUGAAGUCCGUGCGGCGUCUUAAGGUGCACUCAUUCCUCAAGACCAGCCUCUCUGCAUACGCAUGCCAACUGGUUUCGCCCUGCCUUGGGCUCAUCAGGGAGAUGACAAUAGCCUCCUGCGUGCUUACGGGAAUCAAUAACGCGGAGACGAGCAGUGGAGGAAACGAGCGAUUCCUGAUGAUCACAGUGACACGGGCUCCAGCUUGCUUAAGCUCGCACCUCUCGUAGUAGGGAGAGUAGAUAGCGCCGCUUUGAUUCUAAUUUCCCAGGAGAGCAUGCUUUCGGUGAAGAAAGAAAUAAAAGCCUGCUCUGUUAGGUUUUAGGGUGAGGCCGAGUAGAGUCUAGGUUUAAUUAUUCAAGGUACUUUUUUGGAAUUUCACAAUUACAGGCGAGUUUAAUCCGAAACUCAGAUAACGUUCAUAAUUUUCCCACUUCAUGUUGAAACUCGAAAUCGUUUGAACUAUUAGCUCACAUUUUUAAUCCUCAUCGAUAAUAUAGUGGCACUUGACCCAAGGGUAUAAUAGUCAUUUUGACUUUUGGGAAGAGCGGGGUGUAACAGUCUACUCCAUAGAGAGAGAGAGAGAGGAAAACAUAAAUCAAAGUAGUCAUACUCAUAAAGAUGGGAAUAAUCUGCUCUGGGAUGUCAAGUGUCACUCUUGGAGACGCAAUAUGGGCUUCAAUGGUGAGAAAUCCACUCCAAAUAGCUCAUAGGGUUUGUUCUUCAUCACUUUAUCUCUCUUUUCCAACUGAAAUGGAAAAUUACGACCGAAAUUAAAUUGUACAUCCAAAAUAACCCUAAGAAGACAUGAUCCCAAGCGGAUACUUGACAUGUCCCUCCUCUUCCACCCUUUCUUCCCCCCGGUUCACCUCUCUCUUUCAGACCUCCUUCAUACUUUUCAGGUCCGCCCCAGCCAAAGAGGUAUCUUUUUUUGUUCCACUGUAAAUUUAUUUCGCUGCGAUUAGAAAAAAGAUUGCUCGAGUCCUGUACAAGCACAGCUAUUGCUGCGGGCUGAAUCGAUCAUCAGAAGAAUAAUUUCUCUCACUUCGAAAAGAUUUUCGCAUGAAUCGGGGGCAUUCUCUGUCUGUUAAAAGAAUUCAAGAUCUCGGGUGAGGAAGUAGCAAUAGUCGAAGUCAAAGUGGAAGGAGAACUCAAUUCGAGUAUUAGGCGAACUUUUACAAAGGGGCGGCGGUCAACCAUCCACUCUCGAGAUUCAUAUUGAUCAAUUGAUCUCCGCGUCUUGUCAGUUCGCUAAGUAGACUCACUCUACCGAGGGGCAACCGUUUUGCAAUCUGUGGAGGUUGUACAUGGGUAGCCUGGGCGCUAGCGCUUUACUAAUAGAAUAGAAAAUGGGCCUUUCCUUCUUCCGGUUGUAAAGCUACAGAAGCCAUUCUCCCUGCUCCACCAGCUGUCUCGACGAACGGGUAUACCUUAUUAGAAUAGGUUUAUGCUUUCCCUGCAUAGGUCGCAUACUCCUAUAAAAGGACAGUCCAGAAUGCAUUAGACUAACUGCAUUGGUACCAAAACAUCUGAUCAGGCCGUCUGGUGCGCCCACUCUACCUUUCUUUCUUUAUCUUAGACUUCCAGAGAGAAGCCAAAAGUCGGAAGAUGUUUUAGACUAGCGUGACCGGAACCGAAGAGGAUAGAAAGCCCUUUAUUCAAGCGAUUACUUCUCUCCCUCCCAGAGGAAAGAUUUUUACAAUACUCGCUUUCAAGCUCAGCCAAUGAUUUCCCAACCCAAGUCUCAAAGGAUGCUCCACUGACCCCUGCUAGAACUAUGUUUUUGCUCCAAAAAGUCAAAUACUCUUCCUUUGGCUCGAAUCUACCUAUUUAACCCGACACUGGGCGAAACACGGUCAGGAACAUGGCCGUGUUGUGCCCGUGUCCGCCCGUGUUUUGAUCAGGUCACGUGGAAAACUUAAGAUGGAGGCGGGGAAUUACACGGUCGCUUCUCGAAACAUGGUCGUGUCCAACGAUGAACACGACCAUGUUCUUCUCCAGUCUUGCCCGUGCUUUCCAUUCUUCAUCUACCUUCACGAUCCAACCCUCGACAUAAAAUCUACGGGCGCGAAUCUUUAUGGACAUGGACGUGUUCUUGUCCGUUUUUUGCUCCUGAGACGAGAACACUCUCGCACUAAAAAUCACGGGUGCACCCCGGAUGAAACACGGUCGUGUCCUAGGCAGGGGACGACCGUAUUCUGCUCCAGCUUCAUUAAAUGACCUCCAAAUGACCCGAAACUCGCGCCUAAACCUCCGUUCAACGACUAGGACCUGAAAUUUGACAAAAGAGCAUAGCCUAGCAUAAAAUAGGCUAAGGAAACACAAAUUUGAGCCAAAACGGUUAAGAAACAAGGGUCAUGUGCAAAUAUGACGUUAUCAAAUUCCCCCACACUUAACCGUUUGCAUGUCCCCAAGCAAACCAAGUCAGACACAAGGUAAGCUUAAAAAGUUUUAACCAUGCAAACUUUGGAGACAUAUCAUAUAGUCCCAAAACACGUGAAUCGUACUAGCCUUUAGACAUCAGCACAUGAACAACAACAACAACAACAACCGGGACAACCACCACAGAUGACAUUCGAGUGCAACAAAAUCAGGUAGAGAAAGAGUCCCCCUUAUGUUCACCGACCAACAUAGACUUGACUCAAUCACUCAUUCAAAAUAGUCACAUCAUGCAUAAAAUUCAAGACAUCAGAAUCAAGACCGAGCAAUCUAGGUCCUCACCGGGGUACACAAUAUGUAAAUUGAAUCACUACUCUCAAUCAGUGGGGCCAGGACAAAAUUUGAUGCAAGAUGUGUGCAUACUCGUACACUCAAUCCUUAACAUCUCUUCACCAUGACGGAAACCUCUAGAUGCUAGAGUUCACAUAUCGGGUGCCACCACUAACUAGUCAGGUGGUCUUAGACACAGGUUCAGAUGACUGGCUAGGGUCUUGGACAUGGGGAAAAUGCCUUUCAGGUGGUGGAAGAAUUCAUAACACAAGGUUCCACAGUUCCAAAAUCAACACAACAACAUUCAUUCAAACCAUUUACUUUCUCUCUGCAAUUCUGCAUCAAUGGUUCUUUAGAGCACAAGAGUAAAGGAGGUAACAACAUGCCAGUAUUUACAAGCCAGACUGCCAAGAAACACUAUUUUAUGAGCAUGGUUAAGAUUUUUGUGGUGGCUCUUUUUUUGCUUUCAUUUGUUUCUAGUUAUUUUCACUUUUUUUUAUCUUCUUGAGAGAAGCACCACUUCUACACAUUCUUUUAUUUUUGCAAGCACAUGCCAAAUCUUUUUAAGAACUACCUCCAAACCUAUCUUAUUUCCAGCAGAAAACAUGCAAAAACCACUCCGUAGAACCUCAAAGAGAUGCAUAAGGGUGAUUUUUCAUUGUAGAAGCUCUUCAUUUGAGGCUUUUCCCCUACUCUCUUGUGGGGAAAGUGCUCCAUUGGUUAAACAAUAGGUCGCCCCUCUCAAUUACUUCAUGAGGUGACUUGCUCAACAAGUUCCUAACCCGGUAUUGUCCACCCUCCAAGAUGGCAGAAUGGUGUAAGAAGAUCACUCACUUCGCCCAAGAAGAGAACGAGACUUUGAGAGAAGCAUGAGAAAGAUACUCUAACUUUUUACUCCAAUGUCCACACCACGGGUUUGGAGAGCAUUUCCGGAUUGAAACUUUCUACGAAGGUCUUCACCUAGAAGAUCGAAUUCUUAUUGACUCCUUGUUUCAAGAAACAUGAUGAAUAAGACUCCGCCCGCUUUGUUUGAGAUAUAGAGACAAAGGGGUAUGAUUGGGGUUUGACGAGACGUGGGAGAAGGGCAGUCGAGAAGGGAGUACACUCCACAGAGGUGAAUCCUCCAAUCACCGCGAAGAUUGAUGAGUUGAUAUCAGCGCUUCUACAAGGCAAGAAGCAGGGCAAGAAGAUGGUGAUGGCAUGUGAUUGGUGUUCAAGUCUCAACCAUGAGAUUUCAUAGUGUCAAUUGAUGAAGGAAGCAAGCACUCCGAAAGAGAAAGUGAGCUUCAUCGCUAACACUAGAGGGGUUAACAAAAACAACAACAACCCCUAUAGCAACACUUCCAAUCUAGGUUGGCGCAACCAUCCCAACUUUGCAUGGUAUUCCCCAAGAAAUUCAAGACAUCACG